AUGAACCUGACAGAGUUUAACCAGUCUGAUCGCUGUGAGCAUUUCUCCUGUCCAGAGAGAUCUGUAUCUCCUGCAGUUUAUAUCUUACUGUAUGUGUGUUCAGCUGCUGUGGUUCUGCUAACAGUGUGUGGUAAUCUGCUCGUCAUCAUCUCUGUUUUUCAUUUCAAGCAGCUUCACACACCGACUAACAUGCUUGUGCUCUCUCUGGCUGUGUCAGAUUUCCUGGGUGGUGCUUUUGUAAUGCCACCAAUGUUAAGCUGGUUGAUUGAGUCAUGCUGGAUUUUGGGAGAAGAUUUCUGCAUUGUUUUUUUUUUAAUUAGCCGGUUCCUUGGAAUCUUCUCUGUUUACAACAUUGCCCUGGUAGCCGUGGAUCGCUUUUUGGCUCUCUCAAACCCUUUCCUCUACAUGAAUGCAAUGUCUGUAAGAAACAUGUGCAUUGUGGUUUAUUCUAACUGGUGUAUGUGUAUGGUGUAUAUGGUAGCCUUUUAUUAUUUUAAUGAAAUAUUUAGAUUUUCUGGAAUGUGUCCUGGAGAGUGUUUUCUCCUUUCAAAUGAGUUUUGGGCUGUAGUUGAUCUUGUAAUAGCAUUUAUAUUUCCACUUUCUGUCAUAAUCAUAUUGUAUACACGAGUUUUCAUUAUUGCUAAAAAACAUGCCACUGCGAUCAGAAAGCUUAAAAAUCAUACAAGACCCAAAACACAGAAAAUCACCUCAGACUCAAUGGAAUCUGAGAGAAAAGCAGCUAAAGUGCUUGGUAUUUUAGUGUCUGUGUUUUUGGUAUGUUUACUUCCAUAUUUUAUUUAUAGUUUAUUAGGUGAUCUAAUUGAAAUACAAGCAACAACUCUUCAUGAGCUCAUAUUUUUUACAUUCCUUAAUACCACCAUUAAUCCCGUUAUUUAUGCUCUGUUUUACCCAUGGUUUAGAAGGUGCAUUAAAGUAAUUAUAACUUUGCAAAUAUUCCAAACAGACUCUGCAUUAAUAAAUGUAUUUUUAUGA